AUGCCUCCGUUUCUCCCUCCGGAGAUUCUGGGGAUGAUACUAUCCUUCAUCUUCGAUAUUGAAUCCUUGCUGGCCCUCCGUCUGGUGAACAAAGUCUGGCGCGAUGCAGUGGACUACUCUGUCAGAAAGCCACUGUACGUCGAUCUGUUGAACAAGAACCUCGUUCGCUUCUACGAUGCGACCAAGUUGGAGGAGAACUUCAGAAACCAAGUUCGAACCCUCAUCUGGAAUCUCCCUGAUCGGCCUAUUUGGAAUUGCUUCAGCAUCUCAGACCCAUUAUCCCAAGACCUGGAGGGCUUGUCUGGAUCAAACCGACUACAGCUUCUCAUGACCAUGGUCGUCAACAUGCGCAUCUUUGAGGGUAGGGAUUUCUUUUUCCCAAAUUUGACUCACCUCGCUAUCCACUUCCGUCCUCCUCCGAUUUUUGAUACCACCUGCCUUUGUUCGCCUGCCAUGAAGGGCUACCAUCUCAAAGACGUUUUUUCGAAACUUAUCAUGGGGCUUGAUGGGUUCCAUGGUCUCAGUGAGCUGUCGCUUCUGAACAUUCCCAUUGAGUUCUCACUGCCUUUCUGGAUUAGUCCGGCGAAUGUUGAUCAGUGGCUACCCGUGGGAAGAAUCAUGCGUGAAUUCGGUUUGAAAUCGCUACGAAUGAGCUAUCUUGCACCAAAGAUUUGGCCAUACCGGAACGAUGAUCGUGCUAGAGCACCCUCGGCCAGAGCAAAUCACCUCUUGAUCUGCACUGUCAAAGACACACUUCGCCAUCUAUCGCUUUCUAAUUGGGGAUUUUACAUGAAGAAUUCUCCAGGGUAUCUGGCAGACGAACUUCAUCUUCCCCAUUUACAAAGUUUGGAGCUUCGCAGCUGUGGAUUCACAAGCAGUCAAACCCUUGAAUGGAUUCUCAGCCAUAGUGAUACGUUGCGCUCAUUGAAAUUCGACGACUGUGCCAUUAUCUACUCGAUGGAGCUGGCCCCGGGCAGCAGGGCUGAUUACCUUCUGGAUGACAUCAAUCUCGGGGUUGAAGGAGGUCGAGUUUACCAGCUUUACAAGUUAUUGUGGGCAGCUUGGUUCCAGAGACUGGCGCGUGGUCUGCCGCAUCUUCAGCAGUUCGACUUUGGCAGCAGCCGCGUCCGCGCACCAGGUGAACGGGGCCCAAAGUUCAAAUCCGAGACUCUCGUGGGCCCGAGAUUCGGCCAUACCACCGACUUUCUCUUCGGCCUUUUUCCUGAUCGAUACCUUGAAAUGAAGGAUGGCGCCAACGAAUACCCCUGGGUCCUUCGGCUGAUUUCGAAGCUCCGCAAAUUUGAAGACAGGCCCGUUGCCGACGAAGCUGACAUUAGUGCCCUUCGCCAGCUCCUCGCGGUUACCGGCCAGGUUGUUCAGGAGAAUGAUACUUCCAACCACGCGGCCAAGGUGGUCGACCUGAUGGGAGUGAUUGAACGCUGA